AUGCGGAUAAUCAGAAGAGAUGACUUUGAGGAUCUUCUAGGCGGCAACUUCGACGCGGCGACCGAGUUCAAGCAGUACAAAGAACCCAGCUAUCUCGAGGAGGCCGUGGCCGCCGAAAACGCCACAGAGUCGCUGAAGAAGAGCUCCUUUUUCAGCAAAUUGGCCCAGCCGCUGAAAUACACGUUUGAGAAGAAGGACUUUGUGAUACUGGUCUUUCUGAUUGCCUGUUUCGUAACUCUGCUGGCCGUCUUCUGCGGAGCUGUCUAUUUUGGUUACCGAGAGUACAGUCUUCUUCUCAGGCGGGUCAAUCUUUACGAAAAAGACGUCACAUCCUGCGACGACGACGAAGAGCUUGACGAGGAGUCCAAGCCGCGGAGCGCAUACAGCGGCGCCACGCUGCGGGAGGCGUCCAACAGAGCAUCUGCUUUUUCGCCGGGCCCAGCACGCAACCUGGCCAAAGCCAGUCUUGCUUUUCCCGACGCCGAGCAACACACGCCAGCGGUCACGCGGACACUCAACUCCUGGAAAGACUCUCUACACAAGAUCUCCAAGCGCGGCACGCCCAAGGGUGUACCAGGCAAACCGUCUGCCUCUACGCAGUUCUCUGCGCCGAUCGACGGCGGAUACAUGCCGACCUGGUCGUCGAUGAUCGACUCGAAACUCUCUCCCAUCGACGUCGUCCACGGCAGCGUUUCGCCCGAUGCCGUGAAAAAUACGGCCACCAGCGAGGCUGCGCCCGAGACGUCCUGUCUUGUGAACGAUGACAGAUCCCUGGUGGAGCAGUCCGCAGACAACACCCGCUUUAUGAGCAUCUACGAACAGUACUCCCCAGAAGCAGACGGCCACCUCGAACAUGAGCCCAAGAGAGUGUACACCAUGGUUCAGCUCUACGAGCUAGAACCUUUGGACCUGAUCCAGGAGUUUGUUGACGGAGACGACAAUAAAUUGCUAGCUACAGACAUUUUGUUUCCUAAGAAACCGCUCUACUCGGAGAGCUCGGUUGUGGAGAUUGAAAAAGAGCUGACAAUGAUUCGGCUGAACCUGUUCAACUGCUCUUUGGACACAGCCUCCAAAGUGCUCGAGAUCAUCAAGUUUUUGGCCAACUCGUUCGGGCUCCAAAAAUUCAAUAACCCGCGCAUAUUCCUCAUGUCGUACGGCAUGCUGAUCGAGCAGCUGGUGGAAUCGGACUUCAUCAUCAAUGAUAACGAGAUACCGACAAUUCUGGUUGGCGCCUUCAUCGAGAUCGUGGUCAAGUACAGCGUGUGCUGCUGGAAAUAUCCCGCGUCCAGACAUCUGAAGGUCGACAGGAAGUUUGCCGCCUGGAAGAUGACUCCCCACGUUCCUCCGCAGUACAAAGUGUUCAAAUACAUUUGCACGCUGAUCAAGUCGGGAUACAAGACCGACCUACUUGGAGAGGUCCUGAUAUUCUUUUCCACACCACCAACACCUCACAACCUCAUAUAUUUGCUUCCGGAGUCCGAGCUGGAGAAUUAUAAGAACCCCGAGGUUUUGGAGCUCAUGGCUUAUUUGAGAGAACAGAUACAGGAAGAACACAGCGACUGCUGCGGUUCCACGUCAUUUUUGGGCGCAACCUCGCCAGCAUACUCUGAGUAUGAGGCCUUUUUGCAAUCGCGGGUCCCCAGAAAACCAACGAGCCCGAGACGUGCGCUUCCGGGCGCAUUUGCACGCGAGACAAACAACCUUGACACCGCCAGAGAGCCUUUGUAG